AUGUCCGCUUGUUCGCAUAUUCUCCCAUCCGCCAACCCGAGCUGGCGGAAAGAUCUGCCGCCACUGGCGCCGGUUGCCGAAGAACAAGCACCAGAAACCGCACCGCACCGCAAUAUCAGCCUUCUAGCAGGCUCCGGCCGCUUUGUGUCCAGUGAUUCGCAGGCGCUGCUUCCCGUGGCCAUGGAGGGACUGCUUUCCGCGUGCCUGCUGCAGCCGCGUGCGCUUGCGCUCGGCGUUUCCCCCUGCCUCCCGCGCUCCUCCUCCCGCCAUCCGCGCACGCGUUUGCGCUCCGCCACUGUCCCCACCGCCAUCAGCGGAGCUGGCGCUGCACGACUCGGUAGCAAAUGGCUCGGAUCUCGAAGCAUUUCCGCUGCUCGGAACCUGGCCCCGGGAACUAUCGUUUCUUGCCCGGCGCCAGUGGUGCUGCCACGUGGCGUAGCACGGCCUGUUGUGGUGGCGACGGCUGGUCAGACCCCGAAGGCAGUUUCGGGUGAUGCGGUGGUGGCUGACAGCAGCGAGUCGGCCCCGUCUACUUCUUCCCAUGCGCGUGAGGUCACCCACUUCUACCGCCACCCGCUCCUCUCCGACGCUGCCACACAAUCGCUGCUCCACAAGAUCCAGGAGAAGGUGUGCGCUGACGUCAUCAGCAUCCGCACGGAGCAGUGCUUCAACGUGGAGCUGACGUCACCACUGGAUGCAGCACACGAGGCGGCUCUGGUGUGGGUGCUAUCCGAGACAUACGAGCCUGAGAAGCUCACCCGGGAGUCUGUUUUCAGUGCUGGCGCUGCAGCGGAGGGGGGAGAGGAGGCAGAGGAGGAGGGGGAGGAGGUGGUGGUGGAGGUGGGGCCUCGUUUGUCGUUUACCACGGCCUGGUCGACCAACGCUGUCUCCAUCUGUCGCUCCUGCACCCUGGAGCAGGUGACUCGCAUCGAGCGCUCUCGCCGCUAUGCCCUGCAGCUGGCGCCAGGUGUUGAGGCGGAUGCUGCCUUUACAGAGGAGCAGAGGGCAGCGUUCACAGCGUUGGUGCAUGAUCGCAUGACGGAGUGUGUGUAUGAGUCGCGGCUUGAGACGUUUGUCACGGAUGCUGCUCCCGCGCCUGUCGUCCGCAUCCCUGUUAUGAAGGAGGGGCGCAAGGCAUUGGAGCAGGUCAACAAGGAGAUGGGGCUGGCGUUCGAUGAGUGGGACCUGGACUACUACACGCGUCUGUUCCGCGAGGACAUCGGGAGGGACCCGACGAACGUGGAGCUGUUUGACAUUGCACAGUCCAACUCCGAACACAGCCGCCACUGGUUCUUCAAGGGUGACUUGACGGUGGACGGGCAGAAGGUAGAGCACACGCUGAUGGAUCUGGUGAAGGACACGCUCACAGCCAACCCCAACAACUCCGUCAUUGGCUUCAAAGACAACUCCAGUGCCAUCCGUGGUCGUGUGGUGUCCGCCAUUCUGCCCGAAAAUCCCGGGCAGCCAUCAAAGCUGGCGCCUGAGGAGCGGGAUUACGAUAUUCUCUUCACUGCUGAGACGCACAACUUCCCCUGCGCCGUGGCGCCAUUCCCUGGGGCCGAGACGGGCGCGGGGGGGCGGAUCCGUGACACGCACGCGACAGGUGUCGGCUCGCUAGUGGUCGCUGCUACUGCUGGUUAUUGCGUGGGCAACUUGCAGAUGGAGGGGCAUGCAGCGCCCUGGGAAGACACCUCGUUUGUGUACCCUCCCAACCUUGCUCCACCGCUCCAGAUUCUUCUUGAUGCCAGUGACGGCGCGUCGGACUAUGGCAACAAGUUCGGGGAGCCGCUGAUCCAGGGCUACACACGCACGUUCGGGAUGCGGCUGGCGAGUGGGGAGAGGCGGGAGUGGCUGAAGCCCAUCAUGUUCAGCGGGGGUAUCGGGCAGAUCGACCACCGGCACCUGGUGAAGGAGGAGCCGGACGUGGGCAUGCUCGUGGUCAAGAUCGGAGGGCCGGCAUACCGCAUUGGCAUGGGCGGAGGUGCGGCCAGCAGCAUGGUGUCUGGCACGCGGGACGCAGAGAUGGAUUUCAAUGCGGUGCAGAGGGGUGACGCGGAGAUGGCCCAGAAGCUGAAUCGUGUGGUGCGCACGUGUGUGGAGCUGGGCGACAAGAACCCCAUUCUGAGCAUCCACGACCAGGGCGCGGGAGGCAACUGCAACGUGGUGAAGGAGAUCAUCUACCCGCAGGGGGCGGAGAUUGACGUGCGGUCGAUCGUGGUGGGCGAUGAAACCAUGUCUGUGCUUGAGAUCUGGGGUGCGGAGUACCAGGAGCAGGACGCCCUCCUGGCCCGGCCUGAAAGCGAGGCACUGCUGCGGUCAAUCUGCAAGCGAGAGAGGCUCUCCAUGGCUGUCAUCGGAACCAUCAGUGGUUCCGGCAAGGUGGUUCUAUUCGACUCCAGGGAGCAGCAGGAGGCGGCAGCGGCAGGCCACGCCCCUCCCCUCCCAGCAGUGGACCUGGAUCUCGACAAGGUGCUGGGCGACAUGCCCAGCAAGCGAUUUGACUUCGUACGGGGCACGGAUGAAAGGGAGCCUCUGGAGCUGCCUCCAGCGCUGACCGUGGCAGAGGCGCUCAAGAGGGUGCUCAGGCUGCCUUCCGUUGCAUCCAAGCGCUUCCUCACCACCAAGGUGGAUCGCUGUGUCACGGGCCUCGUGGCGCAGCAGCAGACCGUGGGCCCGCUGCAGAUCACCCUUGCUGACGUGGCAGUCAUUGCUCAGACCCACACAGGCAUCACAGGAGCAGCAUGCGCCAUCGGGGAGCAGCCAAUCAAGGGCCUCAUCAAUCCAGCAGCCAUGGCGCGCAUGGCAAUAGGGGAGGCUCUCACCAACCUUGUGUGGGCCAAGGUCACAGCGCUGGAGGACGUGAAGGCGAGCGGCAACUGGAUGUAUGCAGCCAAGAUGGGCGGCGAGGGGGCAGCCAUGUACGACGCUGCAGUGGCGCUCAAAGAGGCGAUGCUGGAACUGGGAAUUGCGGUUGACGGGGGCAAAGACAGCCUGUCUAUGGCAGCUACGGCGGGGGGAGAGACAGUGAUGGCGCCUGGCAACCUGGUGCUGAGCGCGUAUGUCACGUGCCCAGAUAUCACCCUCACUGUCACGCCCGACCUCAAGCUCCCAGGCGAAGGUGUGUUGAUCCAUGUGGACCUGAGCGGAGGCAGCAGGCGCGUGGGUGGGUCGGCCCUCGCCCACGUGUACGACCAGAUAGGCGAUGAGUCACCGGAUGCUGAUGUGGCGCUGCUCAAACGUGGCUUCAAUGCCGUGCAGGAUCUGAUUGGUCGGCGUCUGGUCUCCUCAGGGCACGACGUCAGCGACGGCGGCAUCAUCACAGCCAUUCUCGAGAUGGCCUUCGCUGGCAACACGGGGGUCACUGUCGACCUGCCCUCGCCUGCUGCUGACACACAGGAAGGGGAAGAGGAGGAGGAGGUGGAUGUGUUUGGGGCGCUCUUUGCGGAGGAGCUGGGGCUCGUCAUCGAGGUGGCGCCGGCCAAUCAGGACGAAGUACUGCGCACGCUCUCCGCCGCCCAGGUUCCCGCCACCGUCAUUGGCCAAGUCACAUCCCCCUCCUCCUCCGCUCCUGCCUCUCCACCGCUCCUCUCGGUGGCGGUUGCGGGGGUGCCGGUGCUAGAGGGGGAGUCGAUGCCAGCCUGGCGGGACGUGUGGGAGGAGUCGUCCUUUCUGCUGGAGCAGAUGCAGCGAACCGAGACGUGUGCUGUGGCUGAGAUGGAGGGGCUGAAGCACCGCAAGGAGCCCUCGUGGAAACUUCCUUUCACCCCGAGCAGGACUGCACAUGAGCUCAUGACCGCCACCACGAAGCCCAAAGUGGCUGUCCUGAGGGAGGAGGGCAGCAAUGGCGACCGGGAGAUGGCAGCAGCGGUGUGGGCGGCGGGCAUGGAGCCUUGGGAUGUGACUGUAUCGGAUCUGCUGCAAGGGCGGGCCCGGCUGGACGAGUUCAGGGGAAUCAUCUUUGUGGGCGGUUUCAGCUACGCGGACGUGCUGGACUCGGCCAAGGGGUGGGCGGCGGCGAUCCGGUUCAACGCGGGGCUUAAAGCCCAGUUCGACGCGUUCUACCAGCGGGAAGACACGUGGAGCCUGGGCGUGUGCAAUGGGUGCCAGCUCAUGGCGCUGCUGGGAUGGGUGCCUGGCCCAGACGUGGGCGGAGUGAUGGGCGAGGGAGGAGACGCAGCGCAGCCGCGCUUUGUGCACAACGAGUCGGGGCGCUUUGAGUGCCGCUUCUCCACCGUUCAGAUCGAGGAGUCUCCUGCUGUCAUGCUCAGGGGCAUGGAGGGCACGAGGGUGGGCAUCUGGGUGGCACACGGGGAGGGCCGAGCGCUCUUCCCCUCGGAAUCCCUCUUCCAAUCCGUCCUCUCCUCCAACCUUGCUCCCAUCCGCUACUGCGACGACGACGGCGCCCCCACCGAGGCGUACCCGUUCAACCCCAACGGGUCCCCUGCGGGGAUAGCCGCGCUGUGCUCUCCCAAUGGAAGGCAUCUGGCGAUGAUGCCGCAUCCGGAGAGGUGUUAUUUGAUGUGGCAGCUGCCGUGGGCGCCCAAGGAGUGGCGGGAGGGCAUGGAUGCGAGUGGGCCUAGCCCGUGGCUGAAGCUGUUUCAGAACGCGCGGGAGUGGUGCGCGGAGCAUCCUCAGGGCUAUCUGGAGAUGAUGCCGCACCCCGAGAGGUGUUACCUGAUGUUCCAGCUGCCGUGGGCGCCCAAGGAGUGGUCGGAGGGCAUGGACGCCAGCGGGCCUAGCCAGUGGCAGAAGAACACGCGCGAGUGGUGUGCAGAGCACCCUCAGGAAGCACAGACCUGGGGAAUGGAGAGCAGGGAGGGGGGGUGCAGUGCAGUGCUGUGGAGAGCAGAGAGCAGAGACGAGACGAGUGCAGUGCAGUCACGAGCAGGGAGCCGUGACGAGCAGAAAGCAGACACGUGCAGUCACGAGCAGUGA